AUGGUCACGUCUGCAAACGUCGAGAAACAUGACAGUAUAGACACUGUAGGCACGUAUGGCACCACAAGUUUUUCUGUCUUGGAGAAGCUCCAAUCUGUCGCCGAAAUUGCUCAAGACAAGUUCCGGCUCCGCUCAGUCAAGGCGACUGGGCCCUCGAGGUUGUUCAACCCAACCAAUGUCCGCAUGCGAGUGGAAUGGACAGACGAAGCGCAUCAACAAGACCCUGGUGCUGAUAUGACGCUGCUAUGGCGCUCGAGGGAUAGUCGCAAGGGCAGGUAACUAGCAUCGUAUCUCGUCCAUCGUCCACCCAAUCACCAAACUCAUUUCGUCUCGCAGGAACUCAAUAGCAGUACCGCGUGCAGCUGCAAUGCACUCCUCAGUCCAAUUUCCGGAUGGACCGCCUCAAUUCUCCGCCAGCUUCACGCAAAUCUGCAAAGGAAUGGCGCACAUAUUCACCCGGUUCCCAUACUGGGACAUGGCAUUUUGGGUCGCCUUUUGUUUCACUCUCGGAUCUGUCAUUUAUGUUUUCAACGGCAUCUUUACCUGGUUUCCCGUCGCACACCCGGAAAUGUUCUCUCCGGAGGUCUGUAAGAUGACAGAGGGUCUUACGGCCUUUUUUGGCGUCGUCUUCUACGAGAUAGGUGCCGUCUUGGCCUACUUGGAGGCAAUCAAUGCUGGGACAUUCCAUGGCUCGGCGAUGCGCCGAUUUCUGGAGGGACACCAAGAUGAGCAGAAGAAGCUGGUGGACGCAAAGCUCCAAUCGUUCGUCUCGCGUGUAGUCUCAGGAUUGACGCGACAACGACAAGAUACAGCCAAAGUCGUUGAUAGUGACGAGAUGGACGCAAAGCAAAGCCCUUCUAAACAACAACAUCAGCGCAGGGUGUCGGUAUGGAGGGGCCUAGCACCACGUCGAUACGCCAUGGAUUUGGGCGUGGAAGAAGAUUCGCGAGACUUGUGCCGUUUCCGCUGGAUUCCUACCUGGAAGAACUUGAAAGAGUAUCACAUUCAUGAGAUCGGGUUUCUCGCCUGCAGCAUCCAAUUGCUAGGCGCGACUCUAUUCAUUAUCCCCGGGAUCACGCUUCUUCCGAGCAUUUUCGAGAGCCUGGAACAAUGGGAACAGAAUGCGGCGUAUUGGAUCCCAGACAUUGUGGCAUCGACGUUGUUCAUUGUUUCCAGUCUGCUGUUCAUGUUGGAAACUCAAGACAAGUGGUACAAGCCUCAGAUCGGGGUCGUUGGGUGGCACAUUGGAUUCUGGGCUGUCGUGGGAUCCGUUGGUUUUGACUUGGCUGCUGUGCUGGGUCCGGCGAGCUAUACCAACCAUGCCGUGGGCUAUCAACUCGGUCUGUCUUGCAUAUGGUCUUCAGCUUGCUUUGUCAUAAGCACCCUACUGCAAUGGUACGAGGCAGGUACGUGUGGUGUGCCAGAAUUCGGUCUUCCAGGCUGUUCCACCGCAGCAAGCCCUCGCCUUGAUCGAAAACCAAUCACUGACUCACCACAGUGAACAAGAAUGUCAUCGAAGAGCUCGAGCCCGGAUCAAUUGCAAGACACAUACCACAUCCAAUCUAG